AUGCCCAUCAAUUGUAAUGUAAUUACGGUAAUUUUCGCACUAUCUCGCGCGUCCGCCUCGUGUUUUCCUCCACCACCCAAUGCAGGUCCCAACGAUCACCAGCACCUUCAAACCUUCCACUCAAAACACUUCCCGCACCAACCCCCCGCCACACUCCCCGAAUACACCUACGACCAAAGUGCAGAUGCCGACCCAGAUCUAGGCUUCUACCCCGAUGGCGUGCGGCGCACCCUGACAGAUGAGCAGAUCCAGAUCUUUCGACAUAGUGAGAUCCAUGCCGUUCUGCGCGCGAGACAGUUGAAGGAGGAUGAUGAGGAGUAUGAGGUUCGGAGGGGGAAGUCGUUGACUGAUGAUGAGGAGGACGAACAUCAGGAUGAGGAUGGGGAAGAUGAAGAGCCUACACAGUCAUCUCGGCAGGAGGCGAUAGGUGGAGAUACACAGACGAAGAGCGUGGAUGAAAAGAAGAGGAAGAAGAAGAAGAAGAAGAAGAAAAACUCAACGGCUAAGAACAGCGCUGAGGCAGCCCCCGUCUCGGCGUCAUUGGAUUAUAGCGAAGACACUUUGGGACGCGAUACGCCGCAAACAGAAAAACCAGUAUCGAAUGCGCCAUACUCUGGGCGCAGGAUCGUCUCGUACGAUGAUUGA